AUGGAGAGCGUCCUGCAUGGACGAAUACUGGGAGCCCAGAUCCUGUUGAAGAGGCCGUCGUCUGGCUGCCAACAUAGCCCCCCCCCCAGCAAGGAGGUCACUGCAGCACACACGUCUGGCUGCCAACAUAGCCCCCCCCCAGCAAGGAGGUCACUGCAGCACACACAUCUGGCUGCCAACAUAGCCCCCCCCCAGCAAGGAGGUCACUGCAGCACACACGUCUGGCUGCCAACAUAGCCCCCCCCAGCAAGGAGGUCACUGCAGCACACACAUCUGGCUGCCAACAUAGCCCCCCCCCCAGCAGGGAGGUCACUGCAGCACACACAUCUGGCUGCCAACAUAGCCCCCCCCCAGCAAGGAGGUCACUGCAGCACACACGUCUGGCUGCCAACAUAGCCCCCCCCCAGCAAGGAGGUCACUGCAGCACACACGUCUGGCUGCCAACAUAGCCCCCCCCAGCAAGGAGGUCACUGCAGCACACACGUCUGGCUGCCAACAUAGCCCCCCCAGCAAGGAGGUCACUGCAGCACACACGUCUGGCUGCCAACAUAGCCCCCCCCCCCCCCCCCCCCCCAUGGUCAUGGUCCUACUACCUAAUACAAACACUAAUGUAUCAUUAGUUGUUAGCCUCUGGUCAUUAUCACACUGGAUCUGUAGCAUUUUAGAAGUCUGUUAACUGUAGGCUACUACUGUAGCAUUCCUGCUUUAUACUGUCUAUUGUAUGUUUCAACAGUUAUUGAUGCGAGUAGUUGUCUAUACUGUCUAUGGUACAUUACAGGCGGUGAACAGUGAAAAUAAAUGAUUGUCUUUGCCGGUUCAUGGAUGGUCAUGUCAUUACACACUGUACAGUCGUGGUCAAAAGUUUUGAGAAUGACACAAGUAUUGGUCUUCACAAAGUUUGCUGCUUUAGUAUUUAUUUUUUUUGUUGAUAUUUUUGUCAGAUGUUACUAUGGUAUACUGAAGUAUAAUUGCAAGCAUUCCAUAAGUGUCAAAGGCUUUCAUUGACAAUGACAUUCAGUUUAUGCAAAGAGUCAAUAUUUGCAGUGUUGACCCUUCUUUUUCAAGACCUCAGCAAUCCGCCCUGGCAUGCUGUCAAUUAACUUCUGGGCCACAUCCUGACUGAUGGCAGCCCAUUCUUGCAUAAUCAAUGCUUGGAGUUUGUCAGAAUUUGUGGGUUUUUGUUUGUCCACCCGCCUCUUGAGGAUUGACCACAAGUUCUCAAUGGGAUUAAGGUCUGGGGAGUUUCCUGGCCAUGGACCCAAAAUGUCUAUGUUUUGUUCCCCAAGCCACUUAGUUAUCACUUUUGCCUCAUGGCAAGGUGCUCCAUCAUGCUGGAAAAGGCAUUAUUCGUCACCAAACUGUUCUUGGAUGGUUGGGAGAAGUUGCUCUCGGAGGAUGUGUUGGUACCAUUCUUUAUUCAUGGUUGUGUUCUUAGGCAAAAUUGUGAGUGAGCCCACUCCCUUGGCUGAGAAGCAACCCCACACAUGAAUGGUCUCAGGAUGCUUUACUGUUGUCACAGGACUGAUGGUAGCGCUCACCUUGUCUUCUCCGGACAAGCUUUUUUCCGGAUGUCCCAAACAAUCGGAAAGGGGAUUCAUCAGAGAAAAUGACUUUACCCAAGUCCUCAGCAGUCCAAUCCCUGUACCUUUUGCAGAAUAUCAGUCUGUCCCUGAUGUUUUUCCUGGAGAGAAGUGGCUUCUUUGCUGCCCUUCUUGACACCAGGCCAUCCUCCAAAAGUCUUCGCCUCACUGUGCGUGCAGAUGCACUCACACCUGCCUGCUGCCAUUCCUGAGCAAGCUCUGCACUGGUGGUGCCCCGAUCCCGCACCUGAAUCAACUUUAGGAGACGGUCCUGGCGCUUGCUGGACUUUCUUGGGCGCCCUGAAGCCUUCUUCACAACAAUUGAACCUCUCUCCUUGAAGUUCUUGAUGAUCUGAUAAAUGGUUGAUUUAGGUGCAAUCUUACUAGCAGCAAUAUCCUUUCCUGUGAAGCCCUUUUUGUGCAAAGCAAUGAUGACGGCACGUGUUUCCUUGCAGGUAACCAUGGUUAACAGAGGAAGAACAAUGAUUUCAAGCACCACCCUCCUUUUAAAGCUUCCAGUCUGUUAUUCUGACUCAAUCAGCAUGACAGAAUGAUCUCCAGCCUUGUCCUCGUCAACACUCUCACCUGUGUUAACGAGAGAAUCACUGACAUGAUGUCAGCUGGUCCUUUUGUGGCAGGGCUGAAAUGCAGUGGAAAUGUUUUUUAGGGGGGGGAUUAAGUUCAUUUUCAUGGCAAAGAGGGACUUUGCAAUUAAUUGCAAUUCAUCUGAUCACGCUUCAUAACAUUCUGGAGUAGAUACAAAUUGCCAUCAUAACAACUGAGGCAGCAGACUUUGUGGUCCUCUGUAGCUCAGCUGGUAGAGCACGGCGCUUGUAACGCCAAGGUAGUGGGUUCGAUCCCCGGGACCACCCAUACACAAAAAUGUAUGCACGCAUGACUGUAAGUCGCUUUGGAUAAAAGAGUCUGCUAAAUGGCAUAUUAUUAUUUUAUUAUACUUUGUGAAUUAAUAUUUGUGUCAUUCUCAACAUUUGACCACGACUGUAGGUCUAUGCUAUGUUUUAUUGGCUUUUACCAAUUUCCCUCCAGUAUUCACAUGUUAUUGAUCUGUUAUAUUGACCUUUAGUAUUCACGUUACAGCAGUCAGAUCAAUGGAUCAGUAUCUCAUACACUACACUAGCAUGUGGCAUACUGUAAUGAAUCACUUGUAGUAGAUGGCAACAAAACAGAUGGUACUGGUUCUAAUGGCAUUUUUAUUACAGUAAUCUGACAAAUUUGGUUAGGCCAUGUCUGGCUGUGAAGCUGAAUCAUCGUAGUGUAAAUUACAACAGGCCCAUUUUACAUCCUGUUUCCUUGAAUCCUGUCGGCGAGGGAUAUUUGUGAUUAACGGCACAAACAGCACAUGAAGGCAUGACUCUUCUGUUCCGUCGUCCCAGUCCAUCUCUCCCCCCCUCCAAUCGAUGGCAGUCACAUGUCUCCCGAGUGGCGCAGUGGUCUAAGGCACUGCAUCGCAGUGCUAGCUGUGCCACUAGAGAUCCUGGUUCGAAUCCAGGCUCUGCUGUAGCUGGCCGCGACCGGGAGACCCAUGGGGUGGCGCACAAUUGGCCCAGGGUAGGGGAGGGAAUGGCCGGCAGGGAUGUUGGUAGAGCAUGGCGUUUGCAACGCCAGGGUUGUGGGUUCGAUUCCCACCACUCCCCCUCAGACCUCAGCUCUCGCCACUGCUCCUGGUAGCUCGUCUACCUGCUCCUCCGAUUCAGCCUCCCGCUCCUAAAUUCUGCCCCGAAUUAAAUAUGGCUCUGAAAUAAAAAUGGUCUUCUACCUCCAAAGUCCGACAUGACUUAUCAAAUGUUAUGAUGAUUUACCGAUAACAAGCUAGCUAGCUACUUUAGCUACGAAAGUACGCAACAGGGAGUUUUGUUUACAAAACCACACCAAGUCUCACAGGAUGAGAGUGCAGGCAGAACCCAAAGGAGUCCCUAAAUGAGGAAGUUGAUAAAAUCUCCUUAAGAUUUAUUAGUAGUUAAAUUUUAAUUGUAUAAAAUAUAAAUGACUUUGUAAAACUAUUUAAUGACCAACCACCCAGCUUUGGAGUAGUUAAGUCAGGGUUUCCCAAACUCGGUCCUCGGGACCCCAAGGGAUGCACAUGUUUUGGUUUUUGCCUUAACACUGCACAGCUGAUUUUUCAUAUAAUCAACUAAUCAUCAAGCUUUGAUUAAUUUUGAGUCAGCUGUGUAGUGAUAUAGCAAAAAACCAAAAGGUGCACCCCUUGGGGUUCUGAUGGCGGCGUUAGCCUAGCAUUUGUGUGAGACUGUAGCAUUACAUGUAGUAACAUUUGGGGUCAGGGAAGGCCGGCAGGUACACCUAAUCGCUUCCCCUGAUCCUGAUUUUAGCGCUAGCUAGCUAACCAUCCCACUGUUAUCGGCUGACAAACAGUCUUUGGCCAGCUGGUCAUAUAGCUAGGGCUAGGGUGUUUCCCACUCACAGGUGGUGUAGGUACUAUUUCCAGUCUGUUUUACACCUACAGUAAACAGUGUUGAUAGUAUUGGACUCCUUCCUCAAUAGAUUAGGUGAGAUUUGACAUUUGUAACACCCUCCCUACUUUUUUUUAAAUUUCAUUUUCACCUGGCUGCAGGGAAUGUUGGCAUUUUAGACCCCUUGAAUAAAUAUAUAUUGUGUAGUAGAAGACUCCCUCAGACUAAUAUUAUUUUAUGAAAUGUUUUUAAAGGAUAGUUUGGAGACUUCCUGGAGUCUGAGGGACCACACGAUUUGUGUUUUUAGUGAUGUGCAGUUCACAAACAAUUUAGUUAAUUUUGAACAACUCUUUUUUUACUGACUCACUUUGUGCUUUAGUAUUUUUUUGUGAGUGACUCGUUCAUUUUGGUUGUUUGUUUUUGACCUGCUGGCCGCAAUGAGUCCUACAGCAGGUUUUAUACACACUCAGCGGCUCCAGACGUGCGCCGACAAACAACUGUCUGUCAUUUAUCCACGCAGGAUAAUAGAUCAGGCAGCAUAGAGGAGAAAAAUACAUCUUUAGAAAUGAUGAUUUAUCACAUGGUGCAAGAAUGAAUACAAUUUAUUGAUGAUUGAAUGUUAUCAUGGACACAGUUUUGUAGAAGCAAAACAUAACUCUGCCCAGAGGAGAGGCGCACUAAUUGUGGUUGCUCAAUGCUAACUCAUUCUCCGUUUUGGAAAUGUGUUUGAGUGUAAAUUCUCCUGUGAAGUCUUAUAUUCUCCUUGCUUCUCCCGCAUGCUGUAUUCUAAAACUACUUCAGGCUCUUUCACAUGGCUCUCUGCUUGUCUAUAAGGAAUGUCUUUCACAUGGCUCUCUGCUUGUCUAUAAGGAAUGUCUUUCACAUGGCUCUCUGCUUGUCUAUAAGGAAUGUCUUUCACAUGGCUCUCUGCUUGUCUAUAAGGAAUGUCUUUCACAUGGCUCUCUGCUUGUCUAUAAGGAAUGUCUUUCACAUGGCUCUCUGCUUGUCUAUAAGGAAUGUCUUUCACAUGGCUCUCUGCUUGUCUAUAAGGAAUGUGUUUCACAUGGCUCUCUGCUUGUCUAUAAGGAAUGUCUUUCACAUGGCUCUCUGUCUUGUCUAUAAGGAAUGUCUUUCACAUGGCUCUCUGCUUGUCUAUAAGGAAUGUCUUUCACAUGGCUCUCUGCUUGUCUAUAAGGAAUGUCUUUCACAUGGCUCUCUGUCUUGUCUAUAAGGAAUGUCUUUCACAUGGCUCUCUGCUUGUCUAUAAGGAAUGUCUUUCACAUGGCUCUCUGUCUUGUCUAUAAGGAAUGUCUUUCACAUGGCUCUCUGCUUGUCUAUAAGGAAUGUCUUUCACAUGGCUCUCUGUCUUGUCUAUAAGGAAUGUCUUUCACAUGGCUCUCUGCUUGUCUAUAAGGAAUGUCUUUCACAUGGCUCUCUGCUUGUCUAUAAGGAAUGUGUUUCCCUAUGGGCCCUGGUCAAAAGUGGUGCACUAAAUAGGGAAUUAGCGUGCCGUUUGGGGACACUGCCUCUGACUACGUCCAAACUUGUGAUUGUGGGAGAUGGCGCUGUGUCUCCCAGGCAGGAGAGGAGAGGAUUUGAUUUACACCCAAAGCCUUCCCGCUUUCUCUUCAACGUUCCUUUGCAAGGUUUAUGAUGAACACACGCUGGAGUUCUGGAAGCCUCUUCCUUCUCCUCCUCUGAUCAAAGUGGGUAACGAAGACUUGUUGUUUUUUGAUUAGGGUUAACGUUAAAUCAACUCCCCGUCGACGGUUAUGAAGUCAAUUGUCCCAUUUUUCAUAUUCAAAUUCUGGAUGUAGGUAGUGUAGCACUGGCUUUAUAUAUCUGGAUGUCAUUUUAAACAAAUGUUAUAAGAAUGGUUCUGGGGGGGGGGGGGGCUGAUGCCAUCAUUAAUACUCAUCAGACCAACUCCUUGAAGUUGUCUUUAAAAAAAAAAAAACUAUUUUGCUCAAAACAUAUUUUUUGACCCUUUAGUGCAGGGUUCUUCAACUCCGGUCCUGGAGGGCCGAAACACCUCUGUUUUUUAUCCUCUCCUUCUAAUCAGGGGCUAAUUCAGACCUGGGACACCAGGUGAGUGCAAUUAACUACCAAGUAGAAAUAAAAAAAACAGUGUUUCGGCUCUCCAGGACCGGAAUUGAAGAACCCUGGCCUAGUGUCUGCUGGUUUCUCCUUUCAAUGACGACCUAGACAACCAGGUGAGGGGAGUUCCUUUACUAAUCAGUGACCUUAAGACCUAGACAACCAGGUGAGGGGAGUUCCUUUACUAAUCAGUGACCUUAAGACCUAGACAACCAGGUGAGGGGAGUUCCUUAUUAAUCACUGACCUUAAUUCCUCAAUCAAUUACAAGGGAGGAGUGAAAACCUGCAGACGCUCGGCCCCCCGUGGAACGAGCUGGACAAGGGCUUUCGUUUGUUUUACUUUACUGUAUUUAUACUUGGGAUAUUGCUUUUCAACAGGAAAAGUUCAAAAAUCACUGGAGCAUGUCUUUAAAAAAAAAGGCUACUUCCAUUAUCUCCCUAGUCUUUGUAGAAACAGAGCGAUGUAAUGGUCGUGUAGCCAACGCAAACCAGACUUUUUUUAAAUUUUUUUAUAAGGUUUUUAAAAAUACAAUUUUACAUUACAACCAGAUGUCUCACACUAUCAUUUUCUAUGGAGGUCACGGGGCUAGGAUUCCAAACCCCAACUGCAGUAUGUUCCUGGUUAGGGUUGGGCAGUAUCCAGAUUUUCAUACCAUUCCUGCUCAAAAUACCACAGUAUACACGGUCUACCGCCCAAGCCUAUUCCUGGUACAUAGUAAUUAGUGCUGCACUUAGUGAAAACAAACCCAACAGCGUUGCGAAGGUAAGCUGAAGGACGGGGAGAGUUUAUUUCCAUUACCCUCCCAUGUGAAUUUACAGUACUCAGUUCAGGUCCAGGGAAGGGCCUGUUAGUUAGGUUGUCAUACAUAGAAGAGAAAGAAUCACCAAUCUGUUAUUUGUUGACACACAACUCAAGCAAACGACUUCCCAUGGCCAGCGGCCACUGGUACAGACAUUCUGGCCACUGGUACUGCUAUCAGACAGACAGACAGGCCGCUGGUACUGCUAUCAGACAGACAGUGGGUCAUUGACAGAUUCCACAGACACUCACCUCAACUGUGUUCAAGCCUUAUAACAGAUUGACUCAAAUGUGAAUGACGUUAUGUAACCUGAAUGACUGCCUUUGUCCUAUUCGGACUGAAUUACCUUUAAUAAUUUGUGUGGUAUGUUGAGUGCAGGUUAGUUAUUAGAGAACACUAGAAAUUCUUUAUUUUUUUUAUUUUUUAUCACUGACUUGUGAACAAUUGACCAGUAUUUGGGUUCAGACAAGGUACUGUAAAUCUAGACAGGGAUAGUCUGCAUUUUUCAUGUCAUAAAAUAUUUAUUCUCACAAAGUGGUGACGUGCUCUCCCCCCCUCUCUGUCUCCUGUAGUCCAGAGCUGACGGACAGACUCUUCUCUCCGACGUGUUCCGGAGGAGCAACCUAAUGGAGAGCGAUUACUUUGGCCUGGAGUUCCAGAACAUGCAGAUGAACUGGGUAGGUACUCCACUAACUAUGACUUGAUGAACGAGUUCACUGGGAAAAUAGCUGUUUUGAUUAUUCUGUAAAGAAGGGAAGAUCCUAGAGGAUCCUUUUGGAGUUUUAAAAGGUGGUAUGUUCUCAGCUGCUCUCAAGACUUUAGACACAUCGCAUCUCCUCGCUCUGCAGUGUAUUGGUUUAAACUUGUCGUAAAAGCACCCAAAUAAAAACGUUAAGAACCGGAUGUUGUUGAAACAUAAAUAAAAAUGGUCUGGAUGUGGUAUAAAAAAAUCCUGUCUAAAAAGGAAUCAGCGACACAUGGGAGACCGUUAGGAGGGCUAGUUCAAAGAGGACGGACCCGGGGACGUUUUCAGAUGCCUGCGAGGUUCACUGGAUCCAUCCUGUGGUCUGUCCAGGAGAGGUCGGAGGUUCAGUCGGAUCACAGUUAAGGCAAUCUAAAAGCCAACUUCCUUAAUAAAAAAAAACCUUAUCACCCAGUACACAUCUGUUCUGACCUGCUGUCAGAUUUGCGAAAGGAGUAUUGUCAUGGAGACCAUAGCAAUUGAAGUGCACUCAAUCUGAAUCGAUAACGCCAUAGUCAUGUAGAGAUGGAGACGCCAUAGUCGUGUAGAGAUGGAGACGCCAUAGUCGUGUAGAGAUGGAGACGCCAUAGUCGUGUAGAGAUGGAGACGCCAUAGUCGUGUAGAGAUGGAGACGCCAUAGUCGUGUAGAGAUGGAGACGCCAUAGUCGUGUAGAGAUGGAGACGCCAUAGUCGUGUAGAGAUGGAGACGCCAUAGUCGUGUAGAGAUGGAGACGCCAUAGUCGUGUAGAGAUGGAGACGCCAUAGUCGUGUAGACCAGGGAUGGGCAACUUUGAUGGGGGGGGUGGGGGCCACACACAAAAAAUAGAAGUCAUCAUGAGGGUACGUAGUGGCUUGUGGGUCUACGUACCCACAUCAAUGCCCCCCUCGUGACAGUGAAGAGAAACAAUUUUAAGUUUUAAAGAGAAUUUCCUGCAAUUCUACACAUUUUGCCAUGGGGCGGAGAGACGGUUUUUGCAAUUCUAGAACUCAUUUCCUGCAGUUUUACACAUUUUGCUAUAGGGUGGAGGCAAAUGUUUGCAAUGGGCCCCACCCUGGUCGGUAGUUUGACCACGCUUACUACAGGUUUAGAUAGCUUGCCGCUAGACUAAUUUACCAAUCUAAACAAAUUAGCUGACAUGGGCUAAUUAAGUGACUGACUGACAUAAGAGAAUAACUGGUGAUGGACAACCACAUUUUUUUUAAAUUGCACCUUGUGUAUUCUACUAUUCUAACUCUCAACAGUAAGUUGAGACGCCGACUGAGUUCAUAUACACUACCAGUCAAAAGUUUGGACACCUACUCAUUCAAGGGUUUUUAUAGUAAAAAUUUUUUUUACAAUUUUUUACAUUGUAGAAUAAUAGUGAAGACAUCAAAACUAUGAAAUAACACAUAUGGAAUCAUGUAGUAACCAAAAAAGUGUUAAACAAAUAGAAUGAUAGAAUGCCAAGAGUGUGCAAAGCUGUCAUCAAGGCAAAUGGUGGCUAUUUGAAGAAUCUCAAGUAUAAAAUAUAUUUUGAUUUGUUUAACACUUUUUAGUUACUACAUGAUUCCAUGUUUGUUAUUUCAUAGUUUUGAUGUCUUCACUAUUAUUCUACAAUGCAGAAAAUAGUAAAAAUAAAGAAAAACCCUUGAAUGAGUAGGUGUGUCCAAACUUUUGACUGGUACUGUGUACACACACACAAAGGGGAGGCCACCAGUUGCCCAUCCCUGGUUUAGACCUUCAACAAUUUGAAAGUGAUCUUUCAACUGGAAUGCUUUCCCAUAUGUUGCUGAUGUCCUUUCCUCACUAAGGUCAAAGGUCAUCCAGGUGGCUGUUGUCUUUUUUUGUUGUUGUCAUUUUAGCAGACGCUCUUAUCCAGAGUGACUUACAGUUAGUGAGUGCAUACAUUUUCACACUGAACGACACUGGACUCAUGCUGUCCUGCAUCCUUUAUAUAGAGAGGAGGUGGGAAUAGAAGGUACAUUCCUCUCUCGAUCAGGCCCAGGUGUGAUUUUAAGGUGGAGGGUGGGAGCAGGGUCAAUGUGGCCAUGGAGCCAACCCUCAAAUGCCCCCAACCCAGCCCCCCCCCCCCCCCCAACCCCUUAACUGUCACUCACAGCGUCCACCACUGUCACCAAGGCAGCCAUCUACAUAGCUGUGGUCCCAUCACGCCUGAAUUAUGACUGUUGGACAGUACCAUCUCUUGGACCACUAGCCACAAACAGAGCAGAGAGGAAGGGAGUAUGUGUGUCUAAAGAUCUCAAGCGUUCCUUUUUCAAUAAUGAUUUCAAGGCUCCUCAUAAUUUAACUUUUUUUGUUUUUUCAGGUUUGGUUGGAACCCACGAAGCUCGUAGUGAACCAAGUGAAGAGUAAGUCCACACAGACAUGGAGCAUUUCUACCACAACAGAAUUGGAGGAUUGUUUGAAGUUUACGUCUUGUUUGUUUGUUUGUUUGUUUGUUUGUUUGUUUGUUUCAGGACCCAUGAACACCCUCUUCAGGCUUUCAGUGAAGUUCUUUCCCCCAGACCCUGGUCAGCUACAGGAAGAGUACACUAGGUCGGUCUGGCUGUCCCUCACUCUCUGCUGUCCCUCACUCUCUGAUGUCCCUCACUCUCUGCUGUCCCUCACUCUCUGCUGUCCCUCACUCUCUGCUGUCCCUCACUCUCUGCUGUCCCUCACUCUCUGCUGUCCCUCACUCUCUGCUGUCCCUCACUCUCUGCUGUCCCUCACUCUCUGCUGUCCCUCACUCUCUGCUGUCCCUCACUCUCUGCUGUCCCUCACUCUCUGCUGCGUCUCAAAUGGCACUUUUAUUUUAGUGUACUACUUUUUGGUCAAAAGUAGUGCACUAUAUAGGGAAUAUGGUGCCAUUUGGGGACACACCCUCAGUCUUUCCUCUCUGUGCCGUAGUCGCAGUAGACGUUAACAGGACAGCUGUCAUUUAAGAUUGAAUUGUUCUCAGUCAUUAUUUUUGAUAAGCUGAUGACACUGCCUCUGACAAGCUGGCAUUGUUAUUAUGUAAGAGACAGAUGACCAGAUGUACACUAAACUAAAGUCUGACUGUUUCUACAUGUGCAUUUGGAAAGUAUUCAGACCCCUUCACUUUUUCCACAUUUUUGUAACGUUACAGCCUUAUUCUAAAAUUGAUUAAAUUGUUUUUUUCCCCUCAUCAAUCUACACACAAUAACCCAUAAUGACAAAGCAAAAACCAGGUUUUUAGAACAUUUUGCAAAACAACUGAAAUGACAUUUACAUAAGUAUUCAGACCCUUCAGUACUUUGUUGAAGCACCUUUGGCAGUGAUUACAGCCUCGAGUCUUCUUGGGUAUGACGCUACAAGCUUGGCACACCUGUAUUUGGGGAGUUUCUCCCAUUCUUCUCUGCAGAUCCUCUCAAGCUCUGUCAGGUUGGAUGGGGAGCGUUGCUGCACAGCUAUUUUCAGGUCUCUCCAGAGAUGUUGUAUCGGGUUCAAGUCUGGGUUCUGGCUGGGCCACUCAAGGACAUUCAGAGACUUGUCCCAAAGCCACUUCUGCAUUGUCUUGGCUGUGUGCUUAGGGUCGUUGUCCUGUUGGAAGGUGAACCUUCGCCCCAGUCUGAGGUCCUGAGAGCUCUGGAGCAGGUUUUCAUCAAGGAUCUCUCUGUACUUUGCUCCAUUCAUAUUUGCCUCAAUCCUGACUAGUCUCCCAGUCCCUGCCGCUGAAAAACAUCCCCACAGCAUGAUGCUGCCACCACCAUGCUUCACCAUAGAGAUGGUGCCAGGUUUCCUCCAGACGUGACACUUGGCAUUCAGGCCAAAUAAUUCAAUCUUGAUUUCAUCAGACCAGAGGAUCUUGUUUCUCAUGGUCUGAGAGUCCUUUAGGUGCCUUUUGGCAAACUCAGAGCUAGCUGUCAUAUGCCUUUUACUGAGGAGUGGCUUCCAUCUGGCCACUCUACCAUGCUGCAGAUAUGGUUGUCCUUCUGGAAAGUUCUCCCAUCUCCACAGAGGAACUCUGGAGCUCUGUCAGAGUGAUCAUCGGGUCCUUGGUCACCUCCCUGACUAAGGCCCUUCUCCACCUGAUUGCUCAGUUUAACCCGGGCGGCCAGCUCUAGGAAGAGUCUUGGUGGUUCCAAACUACUUCCAUUUAAGAAUGAUGGAGGCCACUGUGUUCUUGGGGACCUUCAAUGCUGCAGAAAUGUUUUGGUACCCUUCCCCAGAUCUGUGCCUCGACACAAUCCUGUCUCGUUGUACGGACAAUUCCUUCGACCUCAUGGCUUGGUUUUUGCUCUGACAUGCACUGUCAACUGUGGGACCUUUAUAUAGACAGGUGUGUGCCUUUCCAAAUCAUGUCCAAUCAAUCUACCACAGGUGGACUCCAAUCAAGUUGUAGGAACAUCUCAAGGAUGAUCAAUGGAAACAGGAUGCACCUGAGCUCAAUUGAGUCUCAUAGCAAAGGGUCAGAUUUUUAUUUGUAAUACUUUUGCAAACAUUUCUAAAAAACUUGUUUUAGCUUUGUCAUUAUGGGUUAUUGUGUGUAGAUUGAGGGCAAAAGUUUAUUUAAUCAAUUUUAGAAUAAGGCUGUAACAUAACAAAAUGUGGAAAAAGUGAAGGGGUCUGAAUACUUUUCGAAUGCACUGUAACUGUUUCACCAAAGUCCUGUGUUUCAUUUCCAAGUACCUGUUGGCCCUAGAUAUGGAAACGCAAUUUCUCCUGUACACCAAAGUGUAGACAUCGGUGUAACACCGGUAUCCAUAUUGAGAAGCACCAUAAACUGAAGCCCUGUAUGUUUUCCCAGGUACCUGUUCUCCCUCCAGAUGAAGAGAGAUCUGAUAGAUGGCAGGUUGAGCUGUACAGAGAACACUGCUGCCCUGUUGGCCUCACACCUCCUUCAAUGUAAAUGUGACUAGCUUUUCGCUGGUGUAAUAGAUAAAUGUGUAUGUACUGAUUUUAUGAAUGUGUUUAUGAAGUCUGCGCUUAUAAAGGCUACCCUUCCAAUAAAGCGUUACCAAAUGAACAGCCGUAAUAGCUGCAUUAUAUACACGUUAUAUUGACAAUGGAUAAAUGUGAUUUGGUUACUUUUUUUUUUAGUGGAUUAUUAUCAUGGUGCUACGUUGCUGCAUUAUAACGCCGCCCCCACCCCCCUCUCCUCCAAUCACAGCGGAGAUAGGGGACUAUGACGACGUGGCAGACAGGGACUUCCUGAAGCUGAACAAGCUGCUGCCCAAUCAGGAGAGGAUACAGGAGAGGAUCAUUGAACUGCACCGUAGACACCUGUGAGUCGCUACCUCCCUUCUGUUCUCUCCUCACCUCAUACCCCAGUUAAUCCGAGGUCACCUCUGUCCUAAGCCUAGUCCAGGACCUGUUUGUACUGUAUAACCAACUAUUAUGGCUAUCUGCAUGACGAUGAGUUGGCAAGAUGACGCAAACAGAUCUGGGACCAGGCUUUCUCUGUACUGCAUACUCAGUCCAUGUUCAUUUCGCUCCAUGCUAUAAGGUAGUCCCAUUUUCCAUGUUGUACUGAUGACUACACGGAUAUGUUUCUUGUCGCUUUCCAAUGUUUUGAGAGGAUAUGAAGGUCCGGUUUCAUUAACUUCAACACUUCACAACACAAAUUACCUCCUUGAAGCAUGAGUAUGAAAACCAUCUUCGUCUCUACGUCGUUAGUUACAGUUUUCUUCUAAGACCUUUUUUCUAACAGGUACAUGCCAGUCCUCCUCAGUAACCAGUGUUUAUCUGUCAGUGUCUCAAAUGGCACCCUUUUCCCUACAUUCCCCUGGUCAAAAGUAGUGCACUAUAUAGGGUGCCAUUUGGGACAAAGCCUCUGUCUGUAGUGUGCUGCGUGUUUCAGGGUGGAAGCCAGUGUUCUGUGUUUUAACGCCACUGUUUUCUGGAAUUUUCCGCUGGAUGAACCAUGAAUGUGGCAUGAUGGUAUCUGUGCCUUCAGUUUAACGCGGUUUCUGUCCCGAAAGGCACCCCUAUUCCCAACACGGUGCACUACUUUUGACCAGAGCCCUGUAGGGAAUAGGGUGGCAUUUGGUACCCAGCGUCUAACACUGCGACGGUCUGCAGCUUGAACUUUGAUGAACCAUUCCAAUGCUAUGCUGCUUGGAAUGACGUCACACAAUGAAGCUGAACCUAAGAUGCAUUUGUUUUAGCAGAUUUGUCUGAUUCGCCUCAGUACUGAACAUAUUGUUGUUUUUAAGCUAAUGUUCCGCGGUAGUCUUUGACAUAGACUUUAACGUUUUUAUUUUAUUUUUUUACAAUUGUUUCAGGCAGCGCUAAAUUGUUUUGAAUAGCUUGAUAAUAAGAUUACAACAGGGUUUAUUGGAUACGCAUAAACCUGCGUUUUAACUUUUUACCUAAAAAGGAACAUUAUCUCAAAGAGAUUUCUACUGGACAAAAGCUGACACAGACACUUAAAAUUCGCACAUCAGCCAUGUAGUCAAUAGACAACUAAAUGUGACCGUCUCUGGGAGGAGUUGAGUCUGGCAGCUGUUCAGAAUUCAAAUUUUCUAUUCGUGGUAAUCUGUUUUUUUUUUUUUUUUUUUUUAAGCUCACUGGCCUUUUCCCACAUUUCAGCCUGUUCAAACGCCCUCCAUGGGCUGCUAGUGGCUUUCCACUCCUUUUCUAUAGACUUGGGUUGCGUCCCAAAUGGGCCCUGGUCAAAGGGUAGUGCACUAUAAAGGGAAUAUAAACGCACCCUGCCUCUCCUUUCCUCAGAGUGCCGAUAGCCAGGUUUCUAUCGACCUGGUUCAUUGCAACGUGUAAUGAAAACGGCAGAUAUAGGAGACAUUUUCUACAAGUUCAACCAAAAUGUUAUCCGUGUGACAGAGGGGGUCUAACUUGCUGUAUUGUGACAAAUGAUGGUGGAAACUGUGUUUUUCGAAUAUUAUUAUGAUUGCUGAAUAAUUUGGAAGUUAUGUGGGGCACAUGAUGUCAUCACGUAGCUAUAUAAAGCUACCACUCCACAUUUUAAUUAUAAAUGCGUACUGCUUGCUAAAUCAAUUAUUUUCGAUAAUAGAAAUGUAUUGCUUCGACUUGCUUUUCUGGUUGGCUGGACGCGAGUCUCACCAUCCAAAUCUUCACCAUGGCACAGGCUUUGGCGAUACGUUGGCACGUGAGAAUUAUUAGAACGUGGCAAAUCAAUUCUUGCUUUCUAUCCAUGCUGGCUUCCGCGGGCUGCUUGAGAUGUCAAACCGAUAGGUGGGAGGGUAUACAGGCUGUCGCCAAUUUUAUGAAUUUCUAAAUGGAUAAUGGGAAACCUCCCCCUCUGGUUGUUACUGUUGGGGAGGAAGCUCUGGUUGUUACUGUUGGGGAGGAAGCUCUGGUUGUUACUGUUGGGGAGGAAGCUCUGGUUGUUACUGUUGGGGAGGAAGCUCUGGUUGUUACUGUUGGGGAGGAAGCUCUGGUUGUUACUGUUGGGGAGGAAGCUCUGGCUGUUACUGUUGGGGAGGAAGCUCUGGUUGUUACUGUUGGGGAGGAAGCUCUGGUUGUUACUGUUGGGGAGGAAGCUCUGGUUGUUACGGUUGGGGAGGAAGCUCUGGCUGUUACUGUUGGGGAGGAAGCUCUGGCUGUUACUGUUGGGGAGGAAGCUCUGGCUGUUACUGUUGGGGAGGAAGCUCUGGCUGUUACUGUUGGGGAGGAAGCUCUGGUUGUUACUGUUGGGGAGGAAGCUCUGGUUGUUACUGUUGGGGAGGAAGCUCUGGCUGUUACUGUUGGGGAGGAAGCUGUUACUGUUGGGGAGGAAGCUCUGGCUGUUACUGUUGGGGAGGAAGCUCUGGCUGUUACUGUUGGGGAGGAAGCUCUGGCUGUUACUGUUGGGGAGGAAGCUCUGGCUGUUACUGUUGGGGAGGAAGCUCUGGCUGUUACUGUUGGGGAGGAAGCUCUGGCUGUUACUGUUGGGGAGGAAGCUCUGGCUGUUACUGUUGGGGAGGAAGCUCUGGUUGUUACUGUUGGGGAGGAAGCUCUGGUUGUUACUGUUGGGGAGGAAGCUUCCUCCCUAGCACCCUGAUCUAAUCCUCCUAGCCUCCUCCCUAGCACCCUGAUAUAAUCCUCCUCAGCUCAGGCCAGGCUAUUUGAUUAGCCAGACGGCGGGGAGGAGGGUAAGGGAAGAGUAGAUGAGGGGAGGGCAGGAGAGGAGAGGAGGGCAGGGAACAAGGGAGGGGGGAGGGAGUGGCAUAAGGAGAUUUCACAGCUUAAAGGAUGAACAAAAUUAGAAUGCUGGGUGAUGAUCUGGCAUACUGCCACCCUACUAACCAAAGACGAGCAUCACGAUUUAGACUGGACACGCACGCGUUCGCUCCACUAGAAAACAUUCAGAUUGGCGGUUGUGAGUCAAACAUUUUGACAUGUUUUGAUUGAAGUCCUUUAAGAGGUUAGGGCUGGGAGAGGAGCUUUCGGGGGAUUUACAGUCGUUGUGUUUUAUUCCUAGAGUGACUCUCCUCUUCUCAGGAGAAUCACCACAUCCCAUGUUGACAUGUCAGCCAUGUGUAAGUUCAGCCAGCCAGCCAGCCAUUCUCUCUGAUCUUUCUAUAGGUUUUAAUACCCAGUAGACUGUUAAAUAUUCAGUUUACUCACACCUUCACUCAUGGCUCUCUACUCAUUUCAGACAAAUUCAUGAAUAAGGCCAGUAAAGUGAACCAGAGUUCUGAGCCAAGGUUCCAAACCAUCAUUGCAAAGACUAACUUCCCUGAAGUGAACGGAAUUAAACUCCCCCCGUCUCUCUCCCCCCCUAGCGGGCAGACUCCAGCCGACUCAGACUUCCAGGUUCUGGAGAUCGCCCGUAAACUGGAGAUGUACGGCGUC